AUGGCGCAACUGUUAAACAACUCCAGCAAUGCCAAUCAAAUAUCUGAAAAGCGAUACCAGCAACAUGAGGAGCGUUUCAUGGCACAAGAAGGGGAAAUGCGGAGCCAGAAGGCUUCAAUACAAACCAUUGAGAAUCAAGUAGGGCAAUUGGCCAAGAUGUUGUCUGAAAGACCCCAAGGUAGUCUUCCAGGUAACACAGAACCAUACCCAAGAGGGCAUGUUAAUGCAGUAAUGACGAGGAGUGGUAAAGCCACGGGACCUGACAAAUCGAACUCACCACCGAUCACUGAUACGAUCCAAACUGAUGCUUCAGAUGAGGUGCACGCUAGGCGAGUCCCAGCAAGUACAGCACAGUUCCAGGAGCCAGGUAAAGAUUUCAUUCCUCCUGUCCCAUAUCCGAGCAGAUUGGAGAAGCAAAAGAACGAUGAAGAACAUGGUAAGUUUUUAGAAAUGUUUAAACAAUUACACAUAAACAUACCAUUUGUUGAGGCGUUGGCUCAAAUGCCUAAAUACGCAAGGUUCUUAAAAGACAUCCUCACAAACAAGCAGAAGCUCGAAAGCUUGUCUUGUGUGUUGAUGAAUGAAAACUGUUCAGCCCUUCUCCAAAACCAUCUACCUGAAAAGAUGGGAGAUCCGGGCAGUUUUACUCUUCCCUGUCUCAUUGGCAGCAUGUCUGUCAGUCACGCAUUAGCCGAUUUAGGAGCUAGCAUAAACCUUAUGCCUUAUAAGGUUUUUGCUAAAUUAGAUCUGGGUGAACCUUCGCUCACUAGAAUGAGCAUUCGCCUUGCAGAUCGUUCACUCAAAUAUCCGCGUGGAUUCGUUGAAAACAUGCUUGUUAAAAUCGAUAAAUUUGUUUUUCCCGUGGAUUUUGUUAUUUUAGACAUGGACAAAGAUUCAAAAGAGCCAUUAAUAUUUGGACGCCCGCUCCUCAAAAGAGCCAUUAAUAGUUGGACUCCCGCUCCUAAUAGUUGGCAGCUGGCCAAAUCACGCUCCGAGUAA